AUGCGCCCCCAGUCCAGCGCAGCUAUCGCUGCCCUGGCAGCAACGGCUAACGCCGCGUCUCUGACCGAUAUCUGCACCAAGUCCAACGUGCAGAACGCCCUUCCUUCUAACGGCACCUUGCUGGGAAUUGAUCUCAUCCCCUCCGCCGUCACCGCCAGCCCCGUCUACAACGCCUCCGCUGGCAUGGGCAGUACCGAGACCUACACCUACUGCAACGUGACCGUCACCUACACCCACACCGGCAAGGACGACGAAGUGGUCAUCAAGUACGCCUUCCCCAAGCCGUCUGACUUCAAGAAGCGCUUCUAUGUCGCCGGUGGAGGCGGAUUCUCGCUCUCCAGCGACGCCACCGGUGGUCUCUCCUACGGUGCCGUCGGCGGUGCCACCUCGGCCGGCUACGACGCCUUCGACAACAGCUACGACGACGUGGUGCUGUACGGCAACGGUUCGAUCAACUGGGAUGCCACUCACAUGUUCGGCUACCAGGCCCUCGGCGAGAUGACCUCCCUCGGCAAGGUCCUCACGCGCGGUUUCUACGGCCUCUCCACCGACUCCAAGGUCUACACCUACUACGAAGGCUGCUCGGACGGCGGCCGCGAAGGCAUGAGCCAAGUGCAGCGCUGGGGCGAGGAGUACGACGGCGUGAUCGCCGGCGCGCCCGCCUUCCGGUUCGCGCAGCAGCAAGUCCACCACGUCUACCCGGCCACCAUCGAGCACACGAUGGACUACUACCCUCCGCCCUGCGAGCUGGACAAGAUCGUCAACGCCACCAUCGCCGCUUGCGACCCUCUCGACGGCCGCACUGACGGCGUCAUCUCCCGUACCGACCUUUGCAAGCUCAACUUCAACCUCACCUCCAUCAUCGGCGAGCCCUACCACUGCGCCGCGCAGACCAGCACCUCGCUGGGCUUCGGCUUCAGCAAGCGCCAAGCCCCGGGCAGCACGACUAGCUACCAACCCGAGCAGAACGGCACGGUGACCGCCGAAGGAGUGGCCGUCGCCCAGGCCGUUUACGAUGGACUCCACAACAGCAAGGGCCAGCGCGCCUACCUCUCCUGGCAAAUCGGUUCCGACCUUAGCGACGCAGCACCCACCUACAACAGCAACACCAGCGCCUGGGAGCUCAGCAUCCCCUCCACUGGGGGCGAAUACGUCACCAAGUUCGUGCAGCUCCUUGACCUCGACAACCUAAGCGACUUGAACAACGUGACCUACGACACGCUCGUCGACUGGAUGACGACCGGCAUGGUGCGGUACAUGGACAGUCUCCAGACCACCCUGCCGGACCUCACCCCCUUCCAGUCCUCCGGCGGCAAGCUGCUCCACUACCACGGCGAAUCCGACCCCAGCAUCCCCGCCGCCUCAUCGGUGCACUACUGGCAAUCCGUGCGCGCCAUCAUGUACCCUCAUCUCUCAGACCAGGAGAGCCUGAAAGCCCUCGAGGACUGGUACCAGUUCUACCUCGUCCCUGGCGCGGCGCACUGCGGCUCGAACUCCCUGCAGCCCGGCCCGUACCCGCAGAACAACAUGGAGACGAUGAUUGACUGGGUGGAGAACGGCAAGAAACCGAGUCGGUUGAACGCGACGGUCUCGUCGGGUGAUCAUGCGGGCGAGACGCAGAUGCUGUGCCAGUGGCCUACUCGGCCCCUGUGGAGUGGUAAUAGCUCGGUGUUUAAAUGUGUGGAUGAUGAGAAGUCGAUCGAGAGCUGGACUUAUGAGUUCUCGGCGUUCAAGGUGCCUGUUUACUAG